CAACAGAGGGGCAACAGCCACCCCGUCUCCUUUAAUAGAGGUGACUGAACACUCCAAUACAAAGGGACAUUAGAGGGAAAAGCGACCGUCUCUUGCUUUGGGGAUGCACGUCAGGGGACCACGGUAGCCAAUCUGCUUGAGCACGUAGAUGCUCGUAAUUCACGACCCCCCUUUGCUGUCUCGCGCAGUGUUCUUGCUGACUCAGUGCCUUACAGCAGUGCUCCCUGUUCUCUCCACGCAUCGACCAGAAACUGCGACGCAGGCUCCCUCCAGUAGCCUAGCCCACUUCUUUCACCACCAACGCCGCACAAACUGACAGACAUGGCUAAAACAGCAAUUGCGUACAAAGAGAAGAUGAAGGAGAUGUCUGUCCUGUCUCUCCUCUGCUCCUGCCUUUACCCAGAGACACGUAAGAACCUGGUGGGAGAGUUCCAAGUAGCAGGCAUGGAGGUGAAGCCCAUCAACAAGCGUGCCUCUGGCCAGGCCUUCGAGGUGAUCCUGAAGCCCCCCUCUCCGGUGUCGGACGCAGCCCACUGCGUCACCUCGCCCCCUAAGAGGGAGGUCUCUCUGGAGGACAUCCAGAAGAAGCUGGAGGCCGCUGAGGACCGGAGGAGAUCCCAGGAGGCCCAGGUUCUCAGGGCCCUGGCAGAAAAGCGGGAGCACGAGAGAGACGUGGUGAUGAAGGCCAUGGAGGAGAACAGCAACUUUAGCAAGAUGGCAGAGGAGAAGCUGACCAUGAAGAUGGAGCAGAUCAAGGAGAACCGCCAGGCCUACCUGGCCUCCAUCAUGGAGCGCCUGCAGGAGAAGGAGAGGCAUGCCCAGGUGGUGCGCAGGAACAAAGAGCUGAGGGAAGAGCUGACAGCGUGAGCAGGCGAGGGACGCCACAAACCAUCGUACCCCCCUACAGCCACCCUCCUGUACCCUGUACUCCUCCGCCCCCUCCCAAGGGACUCCCCUGACAACCCCACUUCUACAGCACCCCCAGCGUCAGAAGACCCCCCAGAGUGAGGAAGAGGACCCACCGGCACCCCACACCAACAGCAUUAGCAAAUGGGGGGAUUGCAAAAAAAAAUGACCAAAAUGUCACCCACUCCUCCCUAAUAAAUAAUGUUUUUGCUCAAUUUCAAAUGCUGAAAAGAUGAAAAGCCAACCAAGUUAUAGUGGGUAUUGUUUUUUGUAAAUACUUAUUUUUUUGUUAUAUACAGUAGGAUAGUACAGCAGAAGUAUUGCAGUGUGCCAUUUUAGCAUUUUCUCUUAUCUAUGGAUGUACUUUUAUUGAAUUUUUUUUCUCAAACAAAAAUCGUUUGCAGUUUCUCUCGUACUAUAAGGCUUCUGUGUUGUUGUGAGUUCGCCAGCUAGCCGACGUACGUUUGCGCUGGUCAUUUUCUGACCAUGUCUGUUUCUGUGUCAGUCAGUCAGUCAGUCAGUCAGUCAGUCAGUCAGUCAGUGUGGGGAUGAUGAUAAUACAGGCUGCUCAUUGACUUCCAGGAGAGAGACUAGCUAGACAUUAGGAGAAUACUAUAGCUUUUAUGAGCCGAUUCUCUCCUGUCUGUCUGUCUGAUCUCCCACUCUCUUGCAUAGAGUAGUUCAUUCACACACAUGCAAGCGCACACACAUACACAGACUGAGGAAUUUGGCAAACGUGACAUGUCAUUUAAGAGGAGCUUGCUAAAUUCUGUCAGUUGGGCAUCGCAGAAGUCACAUGACAUCCUUGGUUCAUACCGUGAUGUCACAGAGGGGUGUAAUGGUCCAUUCUCGUUCCCAAGACCCCCUGCGUCAUCUGUCAAUCACUCUCUCAGCAUGUACUGUAUGUACCAUCUUAGACGUGUAGAUAAUGUAAUCGUGCCUAGAAUGCUACAAGCUCAUAUAGCGGUUAACGCUUAAGCAAUGGUAGAUCACUAAGUAACAUCCAUGUCCUUAAAUAGGCUAAUGGGCCCUCUCAGCUCUUUCAUGUUGUGCCACAGAGGAACCAAGCCAAAUGCUACUACGGAGGUUUCACUCUCUAUGGAGAAUCAUAGUUUGACUCUCUCACUAUUGAGAAUGAGUCAUUGUACCGUCGUCUCUUAACUGUGUACGGCAAACUAUGGCACAGGAGAACAAGUAGGCAACAUGAAGACAAGAAAACAACCAACACACAGACAUAUCAUAACAUCGAGAAGAUCCUGACAUGACAAUGGAAGACAAAGGGUGCAUGUUUCAGUAGGGGUGGGUGGAUGUGUGUGAGAGAGUGUGCAUGUUUCAGUAGGGGUGGGUGGAUGUGUGUGAGAGAGUGUGCAUGUUUCAGUAGGGGUGGGUGGAUGUGUGUGAGAGAGUGUGCAUGUUUCAGUAGGGGUGGGUGGAUGUGUGUGAGAGAGUGUGUAUGUUUCAGUAAGGGUGUGUGUGAGAGUGUACAUGUUUCAGUAGGGGUGGGUGGAUGUGUGUGAGAGAGUGCAUGUUUCAGUAAGGGUGUGUGAGAGAGUGUGCAUGUUUCAGUAAGGGUGGGUGGAUGUGUGUGAGAGAGUGUGCAUGUUUCAGUAAGGGUGGGUGGAUGUGUGUGAGAGAGUGUGUAUGUUUCAGUAAGGGUGGGUGGAUGUGUGUGAGAGAGAGUGCAUGUUUCAGUAAGGGUGGGUGGAUGUGUGUGAGAGAGUGUGCAUGUUUCAGUAGGGGUGGGUGGAUGUGUGUGAGAGAGUGUGUAUGUUUCAGUAGGGGUGGGUGGAUGUGUGUGAGAGAGAGUGCAUGUUUCAGUAAGGGUGUGUGAGAGAGUGCAUGUUUCAGUAAGGGUGUGUGAGAGAGUGUGCAUGUUUCAGUAAGGGUGGGUGGAUGUGUGUGCGCAUGUGCUGUUUCUCUGGUUUAGAGCUUAAUUAUACCAGCCAGGAGGUUUGAGCUGUAUAUCCAACCGUCCGUCACAUACUAAUGACAUCACAGCGUCCUGUCUGCGACAUCUCAACAUCCUGUCUGUGACAUCACAGGGUCCUGUCUGUGACAUCACAGCGUCCUGUCUGUGGUGAUGAACCUGGCUGUCUCUCUCUCUUCCUGUUUGUGUGUUUUCCCCCUCCACAUAUAUCUUUGUGAGCAAGCUGUGGUAAUUAAAGGUUUGGGGUUCUGUGAAUGA